AGUGUAGGUGGAGUAUGUAAACUAGUGGGCAGUGACUUGACUGAUGAGUGCUAUGGUAUUUUGGAGAUUUUUAGGGAAUCCAUGAUUUAGUUUUUUUUAAACCGUAAAUUCGGCCGGUUUAUGCCGUUAAAUAUAUUGUUAGAUAGUUGUGUUGUUAUUCGUAGGCACAUGCUCCCAAUUUUGGAGCACUCUGGACUCGUCGCUCCGUUUUACGGAGGCAACAGUCCCCACCCUUAUAAAAUUCAAGUAUGCCGUUUAAUCAAUAAAUUUUGAUGGACUGCAGGUGAGCUCCGGACAUCUGCCUGUUUGUCGAAUUAUUUAUAUUAGUGGAUUAAUCAUGACUUCCGAUGCGGGGCAAAACGGGAAGAGCCAGGCAGGACAGACUGGUCAAGUUACUGCUAGAGUACCGAGGAUCUAUAAAAUUGUUGUUCUUGGGGAUGGAGGUGUUGGAAAAUCAGCUGUUACGCUCCAAUUUGUGAGUCACAGUUUUCUGGAUUACCAUGACCCGACGAUUGAGGAUUCGUAUCGGCAGCAGGCAGUUAUUGACGGUGAGCCAGCCCUUUUGGAUAUCCUGGAUACCGCAGGCCAAGUCGAGUUCACCGCAAUGCGAGACCAAUACAUGAGAUGCGGCGAGGGUUUUAUGAUUUGUUACUCCGUAACAGAUCGCCACAGUUUUCAGGAGGCACUCGAAUAUCGAAAACUAAUUUCUCGUGUGCGAGCCAAUGAAGACAUUCCUCUGGUUCUCGUUGGUAAUAAAUUCGAUUUACAGUCGCAACGAAAAGUCUCCACAGAAGAGGGCAAAUCACUGGCUGAUCAACUGGGCUGCCCAUUCUACGAAACAUCAGCGGCACUACGACAAUUCAUCGAUGAUGCAUUUUAUUCCAUCGUACGACAGAUACGAAAUAAAGAACGAAAUCGUGAGACAGCUAGAAAGCGAAGUCGAUGGCGAAGGCUUCGGUCAAUUUUCGCUUUCAUAUUUCGUAGGAAGAAUAGGAACACAUCACACUACUCUCCUUAACACUCGACACGAUUAUUUUUUGUUUGAUAAUCUUGCAGAGAAUUUUACGCUUAGAAUGUUUGCGCAUUGAUUUAGCUUAUAGACGAAUUGUUAACGGUACUAUUCAUUAAUUAUUACCAUUGAUAGGCAAGGCUGGGGCAAAAUGGACACUUCUAAUGUUUGUUAAUUAAUUUUGCAUUCUAGUCUCAUCACGUAGACGAAGAAAUGUUUUAAUCGUGAUAAAAUGGUUUAAUUUCAUUGAAAAGUGAUUUCAUUCAACAACGUUCAAAGAAAAAUAAAAAGUGUCCAUUUUGCCUGACUCGCUUCUGUAAUCCCUUGUGUUAUUGGUGUUGUACUUAUGAGAGAAUAUGCGAGUUUGAAAUUAUUACAAUGUACAUAGGAAUAAGCAAGGAUCAGUUCUGUUCUAGUCAUAAAUUGAGCAUUUCAGUUGCAGAGAAAUAUCUAUUAAUGUUGAAUAGUAUAGGAACUUGUUUUUUUUUAAUCGAAUGAAUGUAUCUUUUUAUACAAAAAAAAAUAUUCGGCAAAUUGAAAUGAGUAAAUGAUGGCAUCUAUUUAACAUUUAAACUAAACAACCUCGAGCUUCAUGAUUUACUCUAAAUUUAAAAGAUGUAAACAUACCAAAGCUAACGUAAACCAGUAUUAAUA